GUCGUUUGGGGCCGUGGCGGUUUGUAACGCUACACGGCAGUAAGGAGUCAAUAAGGGCACUCCAAACGCAAGCCACCUUUAAUACCGACCAAAUUGUAUGCCUCAACCGCGUGUUCCCGCAGAGCGUAUCGAGUCCCUGCGGCGCAGCAUGCGCUCCGAGGGGCCCGCCAUCCCUCUCAGCCCGGUCGGUGUCGGCGGCGGCGGCAGCAGCAGCUGGUACGGCAGUAGCGGCGGUACCGAUGACUUGGAGAUUACAGAUCUGCUGGGGGCGGGCACGUUUGGCAAGGUGUUCAAGGGGUUUUGGCACGGCACGCUCGUGGCGGUUAAGCACAUGGUCUUCCCACGUGGCGUGCUGCUGGCGGGCGCGGCGGUUGGCGGCACCGGCGGCGGUGGAGGGCUCGGCGGCAAGCCGGGCGCAGGUGGCGGCGCGGCGGGCGCGGUGCAGCUGCAGCUUGAGCGCAUGGCUGCAAUGGAGGCAGCCAUUAGCACGAGCCUGUCCCACCCCAACGUCGUCCAGACCUAUACCUGGCGAGUCACGCCGCUCGGGGACGCCGCGCAGCCCCACGAUGCGCGCCACCACCCGGCAUCAGCGCCCCGUCCCGGCCUUGGCGUCGGCCCAGGCGCCGGCCAGGGCCCCGCCCUGCGGCGCAGCACCGUCAGCGGCGUGGGCUCGGCCGGCACCGCCAGUGUGGAGGCCCAGACCCAGGAGGCCCUGCCACCGCUGGCGCUGGCUGGGCAGCGGCAGCAGCGCGCCUCUGACACGGGGCCGCAACAGGGCCCCGGGUCGCCCUUGGCGUGGCGGUCGCUUCCCGGCGGCGGCGGCGUCGCGGGCGAGGCCGGGGCACGUGGGCCGCCGCUGCCGCCGCGGCACCACUCCGGCGAGGGACAGCAGCAAGGGGGUCAGGGGGCGCAGUGGGGGGCCGUGGCGAGCCAGCAGCAGCAGCAGCAGCAGCAGCAGGAGGGGCACGCGGAGCCGUGCCUUCACUCCAACGCAGCGGCAUUGGAGAAGGGCUUUGAGCUGUGCCUCAUUCUGGAGCUGUGUGACAUGGGCUCUCUGCGCGACCACCUGGCCCGCGGCGGCUUCCGCUGCACACACGACCACGGCUCUGUGGACCACGGCGCAGUGCUGGACCUGGCCAUGGACGUGGCUCGCGCGAUGUCUUACCUGCACUCCAAGAACAUUGUGCACUCCGACCUCAAGAGUCGCAACGUGCUGCUCAAGUCGCUGAGCGGCCCGCCCGGCUCUCACGGCCGCUGCUGCCCGCUGGUGGCCAAGGUGUCGGACUUCGGGCUUGCGUUCAAGAUGGAGGGCGAGGAGACGCACGUAUCGGGCAUGUACCAGGGCACGCUGGCCUGGAGCGCGCCGGAGCUCCUGAUGGAGGGCCGCGUGUCCAAAGCCGCUGACGUGUACAGCUUCGGCGUCCUGCUGUGGGAGAUGUACACGUGUGGCGAGGCAUUCAAGGGCAUCCCACGACCGCUGCUGGCGGGCAAGGUGGUGGAGGGGCUGCGGCCCGACUUCCCGCCCGAGACCCCGCCCGAGUACAUGCGGCUGGCGGCGGCGUGCUGGGGCCACGACCCGGCGCAGCGGCCCUCCUUUGAUCAGGUGGUCAGGGAGCUGGCCUGCAUGCGGGCGGCAUGGGCGGGCGGGCGGCCGCCUACGGGUCAGCUGGGCUCCGUGAGCGCCCAGGUGCAGCGACGUGAUUCCUUGGCCCGCGUUAGCGCCAGCCGCGUGACCUCGGCUAGGGGUACGGCGGGCGGGCCGCCGCCGCCCACUCACGCCCUGCAGCUGCUCCAAGUCGCCAACCUCAGCAGCGGGGGCAACAACAAGAGGAGCAGCGGCCGCGACGGCGGGGCCGAAGCCAAUGGCGGCGGCGGCGCGAGUCCGGGACCGUGGGCCGAGCAGCCGCGGGCAAACCAUCUGCUGGACGAAGGCAACAGCCACGAUGGGCACGAUGGUACUAGCAGAGAGGUGCCGGGGCAGGAAUGGAUUGGAGCGGGGGACGGCGACGGCGCUGGCGAGAGUGAGGACAGCCGGCGACGGCCGCUGCCGCUGCCGCUGCUCACCACAGCCCUUGGCAGCACCGGCACGGGCGUGGGCGACGGCUCGGGGGUGGCCAGGCCGCUUAAGCAGCAGCUGCUAUCGCCGCCUGGCGGCGCAGCGGCGGUGGCUGCGCUGCGCCUCAAGGGCGCCUCGGUACGCCGCCGCACGCGGCAGGGACACCAGUCUGCCGCUGGGGAAGGCGUGCGCAUGCUGUCAGCCAAGGAUGCGUCGGCUAACUCGGAUGCCGGCGGCAGCUACACGGGUAGUGGGGGACCGGACGGCAGCGAGGGCGGCCCACGCGCGCUUCUGGGCGUUGGUCUGGACACCGCUGACCUCAUCGACAAGGAGCUGUUGGUGGUGGGCGGCGGCGGCGGCACGGGCACGGGCACCUUUGACGACAGCAGCAUGUGGGGGCUGUAGCAGUGCGCUGCAGCAGAGGGCUGUAGCAGCGGCGCACUGCGCCUGCCAGCUUGCCUGCGGUCAAUGCGGUUAGAUCGGUAAUUGCGGUGAAUGCGAAGUCGUUGCAUGCAAUGAAGUCGUUCCAUGCGGUCGAGUUGGUUUGGUGUGGUGGAAAGUUGGAGGCGUAAUGUUACAGGGAAUCCGCUGUAGUGCCUGGAUGCGUAAUAGGUUCUGUAGCCAACAAGCUAGUCCUUUUACUAUUAAGUUAGCGUACAACAUCCGCUAGGGAGGAAGGCGUGUGCGACGAUGCUUAGGUACGGGAAUGUGUAUGGGUGGGAAUGAACUAAAUGGGAAUGGUUUAUGAGAUGGGAAGGGAGCAACAUGGCGACAACGGCAGCACUCUCAGCAGCACAGCGAAGAAGCAAGGGAUUGUUGUGGUGUGUCUCAGUUCCUGCGCAUACAAUGGCAGAGUUGUCAAGGCAAUGGGCAUGCCAACGAGCAGUGUAAGGUUUGGACAGCGCCAAUAAAGCUGUGCAGCCGUGGCUUGCUAAAUGUUCUAGUACCUGAGGCGUUUGACGCGAAAAUGACUGCAUGGCAUGUAGACCUGGUUUGGUCUUGAGAGGGGCAUCGCGCCGUACUGAGAGCUGCUGAAUCGCUGCAAUAAUGAGCAAUGAGGCUGCUGGUUGGAAGCAUGUUCGUGGGUGGAAGGUGACGGUGGGAGGCGCAAUGGUGCAGGAGCCAGCAUCAACACUGCACCUGCCAUUGAUGGGGAACAAAGACUGGCCUUGACGCCCUGUGCUCUGGGCAACUGCUUCACAGUCUGCUGGUAGGAGAUGUUGAGAUGACGGGCCCGCCUGUUGCAGCAGGCAGCAACGGUGUGUGGACGCAGAAAACCCAGGAUGACAGUUGGAGGCAAACGGUUAACGUUUCUUUGCGACAGGUGAUGCGAUGCUACAAUGUCUAGAACGUGCGCGCAGCGCUUGUGUUCGUGUCCUAAGCGCAAAUGCCUCCCGUAACUUGGAUGCCUUCAGGAGCGCCAGGUAUAAUUAGGGGACGGUAUCGGAUGUUGGGCUGACGCAUGUUGUGUCGUAGUCAGGUGUGCCACGUACUGGGGAUGCGGCGAGAUUACUGUAGCGGGGUUUGGGGUGUGAGCCUAAACUGGCGUACGUGCAUGUGUGGAAUGCGGGCAAGAGCUCUCCACUUCAGCGAUCAUACUGUGAACACGAGCUCACCGGCUGGUGCGUGGUGGCGCGCUCGUUGCUAUGGCUGUCCCUUGCAUAUAUACACACAUGUGCACGAUGAGCUUUGUGGGCUGCACAAUGCAUGCAUGUGAAAUGUGCGCCGCAAGGUUUGCUUCGUGCUGUGUGGCUGGUGGCUACACGUCGUGGCGGCCUGAGCGUAUGGCAUGGCCAUACUUGAUGCAUGAGUAGCAUAGCACUAUAUUUGGGGCCGUGCGAAGGGAAUGGCACGUGAUGUGCGAAUAACCGUAAACCAGACCAUGAUGUUGCAAUAUGAUUACUUCAUUGACGGCCGGCGGUACCUGUGGCGUGCCUGCUGCUGGUUUGGAUGCUGGAAGAUUUGGACAUGGACACGAUCUAGGGGUGCAUGGCGCAGCUGCGUAGGGGCGCUCCGUAUGGUUGUGGACCUGCAGUGCAGCUCCCGUGCCGCCAAACUGACCGCAUCACACUGCAUGGGGUCAGGGCGUUUCAGGGUGAUUGGCGUGGCGCAGGAAUUGCGUGUGAGCCACCGCGACUCGAGAGCGUGUGCGUUUUGGGUGCCCCGCCGGCAAGUUGAUAUAGAGAGAAAGAUUUUGCAGGUUGUUGGGAAUGCGUUGAUCUUGGGGAGUUAGGGCACGGAGCUGAGGCGUGGCCAUGUGGGUGCCUGUGUGCGGCUGUGGGGCAUGCAACGGCCUCAAGCCUCAGGGGUAAGGUACUGAUGUUUUAUAGUCUGUGCUCAACUUGUGCGUGUUGGGCUAGACCAAUGAAGGCAUGGUAGGCCAGUAGGCAAGGUUCGUGCGCUGAUAUGUGGUUACCGGUAUGCGCGCACUGCUGCGGCUCCGACUGGAUGAUAACAGUCGCGCACAGGACAGGGGGCGGGGGGGGGGGGCUAGAAACCCGCAGGCGCACCCCACCCUUCAAAUGGAAAGAGCUUGACGAGAGCGUUUCGAAUGCGCUUUCAGAGUUUAAUCAGGUUAGUAAUUGCGGAGAUGUUUUGGGGGGCAUGGGCAUUACAGGAAGGGGGACCGAGCCGAACACAGCAAGCAGCAAAGCCAGGUAGCCAGCACGCUUGCCAACCAUUAUAGGAGCAGGAAACCCGCAAAUAUCUCGGUCCGGGUGAUGCUGUUUUCGCCUUAGUAAUCAGCCAUGGUGACAGGUGGCGGGUCCAGCGCGUUCGGAAGCGGGCGUGCAGCAUGGGCACGGAAUGCGCCGUGCAGGGGCGGGGGGGGGGGGGCGUGGCAGCGAGCAUUAAGUUUGGAGCAUAAAUCUGAUGUUUUUGAGCCCUGAACCUUUGGGGCCGUGAAAAGCUAUCUGGCAACGUCUUCAGGCGGCAGGUUGCCGCCGGCAACAACGCGGUUCUGGCCAGGGAAGGUGCUGAGGGAGGUGACAGGCGAGGUGUGCCGCGGGGGUGAGUAAACGGGUCCGACACAGGCGACCGGAGACCAGCGACGAAGCGGUUGUCGGCUGGUCGUAGCCGUAUCCGUGAUGUCGCCCCGUGAAUUGCUAAGUGAUCAUGUUGUUGUGCACUGAUGUGCCGUUGAUAUGUAGGGGCCAAAGCAACUGUCCCUUAUUCAUGUCGCUGAUCAGCCUCCUUCUGCGUGCGUUCUUCGCUGUAGAAAUCCUUAUAUAUAUUGUAUGGUGUAACGCGACUACUUU